AUGAGCCGACUGUAUGACACAGUAGAACCAUCAGUCAUUGAUGAGGAGAUGUUGAAAGAAGCAGUUGAAGAACAAGGGCCAAAAGAUGAAGCUGGAAAAAUUGCAAAACAAGAAGGAAUAGAGUUUGAAGAUGUUCUGUCACUAAGGCUAGACUUUAAAAAUAUCCUAAAGAUAGACAACAUAUGGGAGUUUACAUCAUUGACAAAACUGCAGCUAGACAACAACAUCAUCGAGCAGAUUGAAGGACUGGAAUCACUUGUCCACCUCGUGUGGCUGGAUCUUUCUUUCAACAAUAUUGAGGUCAUCAAAGGCUUAGACACCCUGACCAAGUUAGAAGACCUAACCCUGUACAACAAUCGAAUCAGCAGAAUUGAAAAUAUGGACACCCUGGUGAAGCUUCAAGUGUUCUCCAUAGGUAAUAAUGAAAUCAAGGACGUGAAAGAUAUCUUGUAUUUACGGAAGUUCCGCAACCUGAGAAGUCUAACUAUCAGUAACAAUCCAGUAUAUAGUGAUGCCAGUUUUCGGCAGUAUGUGGUAGCCUUCCUCCCAGAGCUUGAGUUUCUGGACUACCGGCUAGUAGACCAGCAAGAGAAAGCACAAGCAUUUGACAGAUUUCAGAAUCAAAUAGAAGAGCAGGCAGAGAAAGAUCAUAAAGCAGGGUCGACAGAAACUUUAAAUAAACAACGAGAAGAAGAGAUGCAGUUACACAGGAAUGCAUAUGUGGAAUACUUGAACACAGAUCAGCUGUUUUUGGAUAUGUAUGCUGAUGAUCCUGAAGGAAACAAGCUAAACCAGAUUUCUGGUGUAUAUGAAAUGCUCAUUAAGCUUACAGCCCUGUGCCAUGAGUUAUUUGACUUUGGCCUUCAAGAAUAUGAGAAGAGAGAAGCCGAGGUGAAUAUGUUCUGGGACUGUGUAAAUGAGGCCAAGCAGGAGAACAAAGAACAGGGAAUGAAAGCCAUUGAAGAAUUUUUGAGGGAUAAAAAUAAACUGCUGCACGAAUUAGAAAGUACAACGGACAUGAAGUUAGCAGAAAGCAGAGUCAUAGAAUACAACAACAUGAUCUCAGCUCUUUGGGAUAAGCUAAUGGGACUGGAACUCCAGUUAGUGGAACAACUUGAGGAAGUGAUCAAGGAUUUUGACCGAAAUAUGCAAGACUUAGUUGCUGUGUUCCUGGAAAAUGUGCAGUCUUAUCUAUCUCAGCUGAGAGACCUGGAGAAUGUACAUAAUGAGAAGAUGAUAGAGUGUGUCAGUACUGCAGUGGAGAAGGUUGCAAAGAACGAGCUUGAGGACGAUAUGACUGAAGAAUUGAGAAUGAUGCUGAUUGACAAAGACACGGUGCUAAGUGCACUAACUUCAUCCCACGAUGUUCACCUGCUCAAAAUCGACAACAAGGAAGAUGACAUUGUGACCAGGAUUAGAUCAUGGUUGAAAAACAUGAUUGACAAAAUUCAUGAGGAGGAAGAGAUCCAGCGCAAUCGGACAAGAGUCAUCGAGAUCAACCAUUUUAUUGAUUAUUUGCGGGAGGAAAUUGAUGACUUAGAUUUUGGUCUUGAGAAUUUUGUCAUACUUCCUCAACUGUAG